GUCUAUGGAUGGUUUUCUUCCAAUCUUCCAUACAACAUGAAAGAUCAUUCCUAGGUACUUUAGUCGUGUUGAAAAUAUUUAUCGUAUUGUGAAUUUACUGUGUAAUUAUAAACGUUUACUUGUUUUCAAAAUAGUUCCAGUGACAGCUAUUGACCUCCGAUUGUUUAACUAGUUUGGUUUCUAUAACUAGCUGGCAGUGAUACAAUUAUAUGUCUACAGUGAUACGCAUGCAAGAUUUGGAAUACGGUGGUCAUUAUUAAAAUACCUAUUUUCUACAGAAUCAGACGCUUCUAUUCUCGUGUUAUAUAUAUCAAUUACCGCGAUGUGAUCGAAACCCAGCCGAUGACGACAACAUAUGCACACUACAUCUUCAUCGUAGUUAGUGCGAUGUUGUAAAUUGUGUUAUAUUUUGAUAACUUGCCCUGCCGCUUACCAUUAGCAAAAUGGAAGACGACGGUGAUGAUAAAGAUGACUCCAAAAGGAGGACUAGGAACAUGAGUGAGAAGAAAAGGCGAGACCAGUUUAAUCUCCUAGUCAAUGAACUGAGCAGUAUGGUGUCUUCAAAUAAUCGGAAGAUGGACAAAUCUACAGUUUUAAAAUCAACUAUAUCAUUUCUGAAAAACCACAAUGAAAUAACAGUUAGAUCAAGAGUCCAUGACGUACAGGAAGACUGGAAACCGGCAUUUUUGUCAAAUGAAGAAUUUACAUAUUUAGUUUUGGAAGCACUUGAGGGCUUUGUGAUGGUUCUCUCUGCUAGCGGGCAUGUUUAUUAUGUAUCGGAGAGCAUAACAUCAUUACUGGGCCACAAUAUGAGUGACGUGGUGAACAAAAGCAUCUUUGAUUUAGCUUUUGAGGAUGAUCACCCAAACUUGUACAAUAUACUUCAGGGUCCCGGUACAGCAGUAGACACAAUACGAAGAGGAAGCCAAGAUAACGAGAUAAGGUUCCAGUGUCACCUGAGACGCGGCACUUUGGACUUCAGAGACGAAAGCACGUACGAACUGGUAGAGUUCAGCGGACACUUUCGUACCAACACAGAGCCGCUGGAUAAUGAAGACUUGCCUUAUAGAGCGGAUCACGAAUCCAGAUUAUUCGUGUGCACGGGGCGCCUGCACACGCCGCAGCUGAUCCGCGACGUGUCGCUGGUGGACUCGAACCGCAACGAGUUCACCUCGCGCCACAGUUUCGAGUGGAAGUUCCUGUUCCUCGACCACCGCGCGCCGCCUAUCAUCGGCUAUCUGCCCUUUGAGGUGCUAGGCACCUCCGGCUACGAUUAUUACCACUUUGACGAUCUAGAGAAGGUUGUCAAUUGCCACGAAGCUCUCAUGCAAAAAGGAGAACUAACGUCUUGCUACUACCGGUUCCUGACCAAAGGCCAACAAUGGAUUUGGUUGCAGUCACGGUUUUACAUUACCUACCAUCAAUGGAAUUCGAAACCAGAAUUCGUAGUCUGUACUCAUCGUGUUGUAAAUUACGCCGACGUAGCAAAAAGCGGUAAACAAGAAGCUGUCGAGGCGGAGCCGGCAGUGCAGGAGGUGCUUCCCGAGGAGCCGAAGGAGAGCAAAGCGGAGAAGCCGCCCGAGGAGCCGGUCGCGGACAUGUCCCCCACGUACAUGUCCGAGCCGUGCGACUCCUACACCGCUUCCUACUCUGCCGUGUCGCGGCCGGCGUCAGUGAAGUCGGCGUCAGGCAGUUCGACGGGCACGACGGCGACGACGGGCGCGCCGUCGGUGUACACGCAGUGGCCGCGCGCGUGCACGCGCUACGCCAGCUCCGAUUCGUCGCGCUACGCGUCCGCCGAGCCGAGCCGGUACGCGCCCGGCUGCGACGCCGGCUCGCUCUCCGGCGACUCGCGCUCCUCGCAGCGGAACACUACGCCUCGCACGAAGCGUGCGUUACGAAAUACCGAGUUUGCCAGCCAUGGUGACGGUGGACUGAUGACGUUCCCGCAGCUCAAGAACGAGCCGAUGCUGGUGCCGCAGCGCGCGAUCGGCGCACAGUACCUGGAGCCGGCGCCGUACGUGGGCGCGGUGAGCGUGCCCGCGCCGAUGGUGUCGGUGGUGCCGGCGCUGCCCGGCAUGCUGCCGCUGUCGCUGCCCUCGCUGCCCGUCAUCGUCACGCCCGAUCAGGCGCAGAUGCAGUGGCCGUGGCAGGAGCAGCUGCAGCAGAAGCACGAGGAGUUGCAGCAGAUGAUCGUGCGCCAGCAGGAGGAGCUCCGCCAGGUCAAGGAGCAGUUGCUGCUGGCGCGCCUCGGCAUGCUCGAGCCCUUGCCCGCGGUGGCGAACCCAUACCUAAACAACGAGACCCAAAACCCGCCACGGCUGUCUGGCGAGCUGGUGUACGAGGAGGCGGACCGCGCGCUGGCCGUGGCGGGCUACCCGCCGCCCCCACCCCCGCCACACCCGCACCCGCCGCAGUGACUCCCCACACCCACCAGCCGGUAACCCACUAUGUUACCCUAGCUUGCCAGGUAAUGAAGCAACUGAUUUUAUUGUUAUGAUCACUUCUCAAAAAUACUUAACGUACCUAUAGUGGUCAUUCGAUUCGACGCCUUCAUGAUUAUGUUAGAUCGAGUAUGUCGAUUAGUAAGCCACUUGGAGGUUUUAAAGCGAUUACGAAAAUCGCCUUUGAUCUCCGCUACUCGAAGCAUACUCCCGACGGAGAUGUACUGCAUGUGUGCCAAUACCAAUGAAAAUGUAUGUGAUAUUUCGAUUUUGUAUUUACGACGCUUGUUUCAUAAUACUGUAGUAAAAAUAGUAAAAUUAUGAAGAGUUAUUAUUUUUUUUAUAUUAUACAUAUUUUAGUUCUCAUAGUCAUAAAGCUCACCCUGCUCAUGUAUGUUCUAAUUUGGGUCCUUAUAUACGAGAUAACAUAAGAUUUUAUUAGCAAAAAGAUAUAGUGCUAUUUCAAACAUGCCAUAAAACUGUUAUUAGGUGUAUUGCUAAUAUUUUUAAAUCAGCAGUAGUAUUAAUUUAGUAUUUUCAACGAAACGGUGGAGUUCUUAUUCUAUUUCGGUUAAGCGCCACAUCAAUGAAUUCGCUGUUUAUGAAGUAAAAAGUGACUUGUGUUGUUUAACUUUAGGGCUGCCGCAAACGCAACUAAAUUAAGAUAUGUACAGUCGAGUGUGCCAUGGAAAUCUUUUAGACAAAAUUAUAAAAUUUGUAUGAACUGACAGUAGUCAGAAACGCAUAUACAUAGGUUGAAACAGUCCAGUGGCUGCGGACAUAAGAGUGUACAAGACCGAGUUCAAUGAUUAGGGACCGCACACGGCGACUUUUUGCAGCAAUUCAGUAGCGAUGCAGUCACAAAAAGGCCGCGAUACAGUCUCGAUCCUGUCGCUAGUCAUAUGCUCGCACACGUAAACACGAUUCUGCAUAGCAACUAUCGCGAUACAGUCGCGAUAUAGUACCGAUACAGUCCUGAUGUAGAAUUCAGACGCGGCACCCCCCCGCCACUUUUCCCGUACCUGAUGUAGCGCGAAACAGUCGCGCGUUUGUAUCCCUACUGCGUCGCUUCUUCGUGCGUUGCAAAUGCGACAAGGGGCCACAUGCAGCGAUUCAGUCGCGCGUUCUCGAAACCCGUGUAUGGAUGGCUGCAAAAAGGCGCCGUGUC